UAAAGAGCAAGCCAGAGAGCAGGGCUUCUGACAUUCAUAGGCUCGUGAGAAAGGAGCGUCAGCGGAGAGAGUCACAGAAAGAAAGAUGGCCGCAACGGCUGCGUCAUCCGCCGGCUCGCGGACGGCAGCGGCGUCUGAUGCUCCUGGUGCGCCUGCGUCGUGGACACAGAGUAACCCAAAGGGAAACUCAAGCCAUGAAGUAGGGACAGGAAAGAAACAGACACACGCAGCCACGGUCUCCGAUCAUCGGCUUUCUUUCGAUGACGACGACGACGACGACGACGAUAUAGAUUCGCGGUAUGCGAUCGACUCGUAUCAGGCAGGUUCUUCUGCGCCUGCAUCAUCUUCAACUACAGCCGCAACUGCAAGAGGCGGCCCAGUGGUUUUCGACGCGAACGCAGCAGAGCAGUCCUUUGGGAGUGAUAGUAUGCAGCAGCAGAAGCAGGGCCCAAGCUUCGCAUCGGGGCCAGGGCGGCCCUCAGGAACCUUUGCGCACAGUGCCCAGCAGCACUUGCAGCAUGCCGCGCAGCAGCAGGGAAUCGGGCGCAGCGCAAGCUACCAGAGUCCUCUACCGGCGUGGGGUUCAGCAGCUCUUGCGCGUAAUGCUGCUGCGGGAGGUGGCGGGGCAGCAGGGUCAAUACAAUCAUCGCAACUGGCAUCUUCUGGUGCUGGCAUCAUCCCAGACCACCAUAGCUACGCGACAAGUCAAGGGUGGAGCAUCAGCAACCUCUCCAUGGCUGCGUGGGCGUUCCCGCCCUUCACUUCCGUCGCGAUACUCAUAUGGGAGACGGAAAAUGACCUUGCCCGCUUCCACGCCUACCAGUCCGGCAUCUGCGGUGUUGCUCUCAUCCUGCUUCUCUGGGUCUUGCGCAGCUGGCUCGGGUGGUACAGUCUAUCGAUUAUCGUCGGCAUGGGCGCCGUAGGCUGGUUCUGGGUGUGCGGGUCAGCAGCAGCGGCCAACGCGCCGAUGCUCGAGCGGGUGCCGUACGUGGCGUACGCAGGCCCUCUCGCCGAGCAGUGGGUUGGCGACGAGUGAUGUACAUUGACCCAUACGCAUAUACACACGCACCCAUGACAUGAGUGA